AACGCUCAGUUGCAGUAGACGCGGCAUGAGCCGCGUUUGCCUCUGUGCCUUUUAAUAAUAAAAAAAACAAGUAAUUUUACGCGCGCAAACGUAUAGUACUUGUGUUGUGUUAUUUAAAUUGGUUCGAAAUUAAAAAUAUUGCGUUUCCAUUGAAAUAAUACAAUUUUUAGUGGUGUUUGUGAAGUUCCAAUUUGAAAUUUUCAAAAUAGGAACUUAUAAGAUUAAAAACACUUCGAAAAAAGGAAUGCACCUAGGAUUCUAAAUUCAAAUUCAACAAGAUGGCGCCACAAGAGCGAUCUCCUUGUUGCGAGCAGGAGGACGACUCCCGCCAAAAUAGCAUAGACAACAAACUGUCAAACAUAGAUUUAGCCGGCGGUUUUGUAAAUAAAGGUUAUGUAAAUGACAGCUCCGAUGUUGCCAGUCCGAAACUUAAUCAAAUGCGAGAAGAAAAUGAAAAUCCCAAGAAAAAAGCGACUGAUUUCGACGAUUUGUUGCCAUAUGUAGGAGAAUUUGGACUGUAUCAGAAGAUUUUGUUCCUGUUGAUGAUACCUUUUGCAUUUUUUGUCGCGUUCGUGUAUUUCUCACAAAUUUUUAUGACCAUUGUGCCUGAACAACACUGGUGUUGGGUGCCAGAAUUGGCGAAUUUGACUGUCGAGGAAAGACGCGCUCUAGCUAUCCCACCAAAAUCUGAUGGCCUGUUCUCCCAUUCGCGAUGCAGCAUGUACUCGGCUGACUGGGCGUCGGCGCUUGCGCAGGGCCGCACCACGCCUGAUGAUGAGUGGGAGGUCGUACCAUGUGCUCACGGAUGGGAAUAUAAUUCUACCGAUGUGCCUUAUGAGACCAUCGCUUCGCAGCUGGACUGGGUGUGCGAGAAGGACAACCUACCGGCAACAGCUCAAGCCAUCUUUUUCUGCGGUGCCAUUGUCGGUGGUCUCGUGUUUGGUUGGAUAGCUGACAAAUACGGCAGGAUACCAGCAUUGGUUGGGACAAACUUGAUUGGUUUCUCCGCUGGAGUGGGCACAGCUUUCUGCAACAGUUUCUGGUCGUUUGCACUCUGCCGGUUCCUGGUUGGACUGGCUUUUGACAACUGCUUCACCAUGAUGUACAUACUUGUACUAGAAUACGUGGGACCGAAAUGGCGGACAUUUGUGGCCAACAUGUCUAUUGCGCUCUUCUUCACAUUAGCUGCCUCUCUCUUACCAUGGAUAGCGUUGUGGGCUGAUGACUGGAGACGGUUCGCUCUUGGCACCAGCCUCCCGUUUGUAUUGGCCGCCGCCACGCCCUGGUUGGUCCCGGAAAGUGCUAGGUGGCUAGUCUCGCAGGGUAAGGUCGACAAGGCGCUGACCAUCCUGAAGAAAUUUGAAAGGCUCAACAAGACCAAAAUUCCUGACAAGGUCCUCAGCGAAUUCACGGAAUCGUCACUGAAAACAAUAAAAGAGAGCGAAGCAGAGAACCGAACCUACUCCGUACUGGACCUCUUCAAGACUCCUCGACUACGGAAGAACGCCAUCCUCCUCAUCAUCAUAUGGAUGGCCAUCUCCCUGGUCUUCGACGGCCACGUCAGGAACGUGGGCUCUUUGGGAUUGGACAUAUUUCUUACCUUCACCAUCGCAUCGGCCACUGAACUGCCGGCUGAUACAUUCUUAACAGUAGUUUUAGAUAGAUGGGGUAGAAGAUGGUUGGCGUGUGGAUCCAUGGUUAUUAGUGGUGUCUUCAGUUUGCUCGCCACUGCUGUUCCAGUUGGUGGUCCAUCAGCGUCCUUGGCUAUCCUAGGUCGAUUUGCAAUCAACAUCUCAUACAAUAUCGGUCUUCAGUACGCGGCGGAGCUAUUGCCCACUGUAGUACGAGCUCAAGGAGUAGCCUUGAUACACAUCAUGGGUUACGUUGCUUCUAUUGUGGCGCCUUUUGUGGUCUACUUGGCCAACGUGUCGCCGCAGCUGCCGCUGCUGAUCCUGGGCGCGCUGGGCGCGGCGGGCGGGCUGCUGUGCCUGCUGCUGCCGGAGACGGCGCGCCGCGAGCUGCCGCAGUCGCUGGGCGACGGCGAGCGCUUCGGCCGCGGGCAGCGCUUCUGGGACAUGCCUUGCUUCUCUACGAUAAAACAAGAAGACGAAGUAGAAAAUCCAGGUCGAUAUGUGAAACGCGCCUCCAUAGCCGACCAAGACCACUUCCUGAGGGCCAUGCCGAGUGCCAUAGGGUCUAGGGCUUCCAUAAGGGCCUCUAUUAGGGCUUCAGCCAGGUCUAACAGACCAGGUAAAGGAGAAAUGAGCGGUGAAAGAACAGAAAAUGUGGUUUGAAAACUCCAUUUUGAUUUCAAGGUUUUCUUUUGACAUUGUCAUUUUCAUUUGACACCGGAAUCUUUUGACAUCGUCAUAUUAAUUUGACAUUUAAGUGUAUGCCUGUUGAGGGCUGUGCGAUAUGUUAAUUAAAUAAUUAUUGUAAAUGUGAAAUUUAAACGUGAUUAGUACAAAAAAUGUACAGUUCGCUAAAUGUUAGAAAUUAUUUUAUUUAUUUGUCGAUGUCUCCAAAAUUCCAACAUAUUUCAUUUAUUUUAAGUACUUUUAUGGGACAGAAUUGAUCAAAUUAUUACUUGUCAACGUCUGUUUUUGUGUAUCAAAUAUGUUCCCAUUCAUAAUUUAUUUAUUUAUUUCACUAAAUUACUGUGAUAUAUUAUGAUAUGUGAAUAUAUGAUAUCUGAAUAAGAGGAAUAUGAUAAUUAAAAAAUAAUGUGAUAUUUUAAACAAGUUCAAAUCCUAUUAGUAUAUUUUUUAUUUUACAAAUAUAAUCUCAUUUUUCUUAUUUCUUUGAAAGGUACUAUGGUGUGCCAACCUAUUUAAAUUUCCUUCCCUCUAUUUCUACUUGUCAAAUCAUUGCUAUAGGAUAUUAAAAAAUAUUUUUAGUUAAGUCUCCCAUGUAGAAUGUCCAAAUAAUCCUACAUAGUACAAUUUAGCAUUGAUAUCAGUAAGUGCAUAUUUUAUAAGUAAUUUGUGGUCCACUCGUAACAAAGAUUUUGGAUAAGGCCAAAAUCUUUGACUCGUAAUGUGACUCUAGUAUCUGUGGGUCCACUUCACUUAACUUUUUAAUUUUAUGGCUCCAACGUUUACCCAAACGAUGAUUUUGCCAAUGUCAAGAUUGAGAAACACAUUUGACAUUUGAACUUCUACGUUUGACAUUUUGUAUUUUGCGCGCGAAUAGUUCUCCAUUUUGAAAUAUAUAUUUUUGCUAUGUUGCAACUAAAAUAAUUUUAUGAAUACGUUUAGACAAAUCGAUAUAAAAUAAUGUGUUUAUGUUUAAUAUUUAUUAUUUUAACAUUGUUCCUUUAAGUAAAAAAUUAAAGAAAUAAUUAUUAAAGUUGCAAUUUAGGAAAAAUCUUCUUGGUAAGUUUAAUUUCUAGUAAUAGUAAGUUACUCUGAAGUUUUACUGUAAAUUAAUUUAGUGAGUAAUGUAAUUUAUAACCUAGGUAAUUUAAUGAAUGUAAAAUUUUAAAAUUGCAAGCAUUUUGUAUGUCGCCAUCUUAGAACGAGCAAAUCCGUGAUUUGAAAAUAAUUUCUGUGAUAAAGAAUGUGAAAUAAAAUAUGAAUUUUCAGAUGUUCCUUUUAUUAUUUGAAAUUAG